AUGAACACGUUUAUGGGAGCUGAGGACACUAAAAACUUCUUAAAAAAACUGGAGGAGGGCGCAACACCACUGAUGCUCGCAGCAAAAGCUUCCGAUCUCGACAACUUCAUGAAAUUAUAUAAGGAAGGCGCAGACCCUGCGGAAAAAACGCAUCUCGGCGUAACGCUUCUGCACUUCGCCGCCGUCAACGAGGAUUUCGGGAUGGAGAUAGUGUCCUCUUUCAGCAGCCGCCUGGACGUCAGGGCUAAAGACAUCGAUGGCGAGGAGCCCAUCCACUACGCCCUGAGGAAGGGCAACUACGAAUUCGCCGAGAACGUCUUCUGUAAUAUAGUGUCGAGAACCUCCCCCUGGCGUUUCAUUUCAUCUCAUCUCAACUUGUUCUUAUUUCUCGUGGUGAAUAACGAACUGAACUUUGCCAAAUUGGUGCACCAGCGGGACGAUAGUCUGAUCAAUUCAACCGACUUUGGCGGAAUGAACGCUUUGCACUACGCAGCGCAAUUCGCCGGUCGAGAAAUGUGCCAGUGGCUCAUCGAGCAGGGGCUGCAUCCGGAAUCUUUGACCAAAAAACAAUCGUCACCUCUCCACUUCGCCAUGUGCAACAAAGAAUUCGGUGCGAUGCUUGCCACCGUUUUCUUUCGCAUAAAUUGCCGACUUCUGGAUCACCUGAACAUAAACGGAAUGAGUCCGCUGCACGUUGCAAUCAGGUGCGGAAACACCGCUGGCGCACAGCGCUUGCUGGAUUUGGGCGCCAGCACCAAAGUCAAAUGCCUGGAUUUGCAGAAUUUGCUUCACUUUUGCGUCAAGAAGAACAGACUGGAAAUCGCCAAAAUGAUUCAUAGAGCCGAUGGAAAUCUGAUUAAGGAGGUGUUCUACGGAGGAAGGACUGCUCUCCAUUUCGCGGUUAAAGAGGAACACGUGGAAUUUUGCGAAUGGCUCAUUUCGGCGGGCGUCGACGUCGAAGCUGUGGACAUCAAAAACCGCACGGCGCACGAUUAUCUUUGGAACAUUUUCUGGGGCAAUCGCAACUCCAACCGCUUCUCUCCGCCCUCUCCAAUUUCACACAUCAAGAAAAAGUUCUCCUCAGGUCGCCGGCGGUGGCAUGAAUCGACUUGGCACCACGUCGGAAGAGUGAAGACAGGCUUCGCUGGAUGA